GUGUGACGUCAUCACCUCCAGUGUUGUGUUUCCCUUUUUUUCUUUCCCAGGAAGCAGCAGCUAGCAGCUAUUAGCUAGCAUCGAGGCUUAUCUUCAAACAUGCUCUGAUUUCCCGUCUGGACGGUGUGGAGGACAGACAAAUGGCAGUGUGUGCACUGACCAUGUUGGACGGGAUGGUGGACGAGGUGACGGCGGCAGGGGGCGCCCUCCUCCUGGUCCUGGCCCUCGUCCUGGCCUGGCUCUCCACCCACGUGGCCGAGCGCGGGGACCACAUCCUGGGCACCAUCCUCACCGUGGGGGCCCACGCCUCCCUCAUCGGCCUGGGCGGCGACGGCGGCGGCCCUGCCAGCGCAGACGCCUCCGAGCAGAGCGGCCCGGCGCCCUCGCAGGACAACAAGCCCGACGAGGGCGACGAGAGGGGCGACGGCGAGGGCGCGGCGGAGGAGGGUGGGGACGACGGGUUGAGGACAGAGGCGCUGUUGGACAUUCGGUGCAAAGCCCCCCCAAGAGUGAAGGCUACCGCCGAGGAGGAAGAAGGGGAUUGUGGCGAAGAGGAGGACCUGGAAGAGGAGUAUAAAAAAAGUGCGAAAGAAAUGCCGACCUCGUCUAUUUCGCUACGACUCAAGUUCUUAAACGACACAGAAGAGGUGGCUGUUGUUCAGCCGCACGACACCGUGGCACACCUUAAAAGUAAGUACUUCUGUGGGCGGGAGCAUCAGAUCAAGCUGAUCUAUCAAGGACAGCUGCUGCAGGACCCCAAGAGAACGCUGCUCUCACUGAACAUUACUCACAACAGCGUCAUCCACUGCCACGUCUCCCAGGCUCUGCACGACGCCGGCCCAGAGGCGGGGUCCCAGGCCGGGGCGGGGCCCGGAGUCGGGACGGUGUCGGCCGGCUGGAGGGCGGCGGGCGUGGCCGUCAGCACGGGCAGCCUGGUGGUGCCCGUCUUCGUGGUGAUCCUGGCCGUGGUGUGGUACUUCCGCAUCAACUACCGCCAGUUCUUCACCGCUCCCGCCACCAUCUCCCUGGUGGGCGUCACCGUCUUCUUCAGCUUCCUCAUUUUCGGGAUGCACAGCCGCUGAAGGGGAGGGCGGGAAAGUGACCACCGCAGCUGAAUGUGUGCGCUAAUUGCUGCAUGUAGAACCUAGACCUAAACAUUCCCUCGUUUGGAUUUCCAUCUUCAUAGACCCCCGCCCUGCAUAUUCAUGCAAAUAUGAACACAAUGGCCGACCACACUGAACAAGAUGCAGGUGUCAUGCUGCGCUUGAGGGAUUCUUCUUUGGCCCCGCCCUCUUCACCAACUUUCACUGCAGCUAGUUUGUCAUCCUGCUAACAAACAUGAGCCUUGUCGUUUUGUCUUCAAGCAGCGGCUUGGAACACUCAGUGUGCACUUUUUUGUGAGUCUCACACCUGGCGGUGGUGUGUCCUUUGCACCACUUGGUUUCCAAUCAAGUCUGUGGCUAAAAAAAAAAAAGACUGUAGAAAAUUUAUUUAAGAUUUAAAACCUUUAAAUAUGAGAAGAUACUGUAAUGUGAACUAGGGCUGGGCGAUACAAGUGUUUUAUAUCGGUCGAUAUUGAUCAUUACUGAUAUUUUUUAUGACCUAUGGAAAAUAAAGGACCAGGAGAAAAUAUAUAAAUGAUAAAUGGGUUAUACUUGUAUAGCGCUUUUCUACCUUCAAGGUACUCAAAGCGCUUUGACACUAUUUCCACAUUUACCCAUUCACACACACAUUCACACACUGAUGGCGGGAGCUGCCAUGCAAGGCGCUAACCAGCAGCCAUCAGAGGCAAAGGGUGAAGUGUCUUGCCCAAGGACACAACGGACGUGACUAGGAAGGUAGAAGGUGGGAAUUGAACCCCAGUAACCAGCAACACUCCGAUUGCUGGCACAGCCACUCUACCAACUUCGCCACGCUGUCCCUAUAUAUAUAAAAUGUAAACAUUUUUAUUUCAAGCGUAACCAUCCUUUAUUAUAAUCCCCUCAGCUAUCAAGGCAGAAAGGAAAUGUCAACACAACACUCAAACAAUGUGAACAAAAUUUUAAAAAUCACAUUAAACAAGCUCUUAAAAUGAAGGUGCAAAAAUAAGGAGUAUGUAAGAAAUGCUUAAUAAAAUGUAACAAAAUAGUGCAAAGUGUGAAAAUGUAAACAAAGAGAAACCUGAUAAGAACUAUUUUCUGCAGGUUUAAUGCUAGGAAGUUAAGUUAAAGUUAAAGUACCAAUGAUUGUCACACACAGCUGUGCUCUAAAGGGUGAAGGCGGCUAAUGUGGUGUGGCAUUAACAGUCUUGGUGGGGACGAGCGCCUUGCAUCAUUUACAGACUACAUUGGUCUGACUUACGAUUCCUUUCAAAAAAAUCCAAAAAACUGCCACACUGUCGAGCUGACUUUUCCUGUUUCAUCAACAAUUUUUUUCAUUCUUACUUUCUCUUCUCACUCCAUGCAAAGAAUCAACCGCCGGACAACAAGAUGGCGCAACCAAACUGAUAUUUGAUCCUGUUAUCUAAUUGGCUGGUAGCGUGUCCCUCCCACUGACCACUUCUUGUGUUGCUAGGUUACCAGAGAGCAGGUGCCUUUGUUCACGCAACCAACCUUGCUUUGCAACUUUGUUUCUUCCGACAAAGAAAAAAAAAAUCCAACGUUUGAUAUUACAUGUCUAUGGCGAUAAUUGGUUUUAUCGCCCAGCCCUAAUGAGAACUAAAGCAGAGGCCCGCUCACGUGUGCAAUUUGCUUGUUAGGUUUUCUUUGUGUCGUCACUUGUGUGUACAUUGUGUAUUUGCUGUAAAUAAACAGAAAGAAUGAAUGAAUCCAAUGAAGCUGCAUCUAGCACUUAAAAUAUUAUUUAAAAAAGAUUUGGAGGAGUCCUGAACUUUAGUGACAUCUCCAAUUAAAAUCAUUUUAAAAAUG